CUUCCAAUCCUUUGGUCUUGGAACCCAAAACCUCUAUCUCAUUUCAUUCAUAAAUAGCAAAGUUGACCGUCGCCCACUAUGGCGCGUCUCCGCAAACCCGCCGUGGCAGAGAACCCCACGCCCUUCCCUGUCCUGCCAGUGCCGACAUCUACAACUACAACCACACCUACAGCCUCAAACCCCACCACACCGCGCACAGUGCGUCACAUUCGACGCAGCCCGAGUAAGCUGAGCACAGCGACACCUGCAGAAACCGUGGGGACGCCGCGACGCGGAUUGCGCACCUCCAAGGCCAAAGAUGUUAGCUACUAUGAAGAUUCUGACUCCUCGUUUUCGGACAACGAGAACCCAUCUGCCUCAUUCCUGGUUCCAAAGGUUAAAACUAUACCUGUCCGGCACACUACACCUAGGAGACGGAAAGUGCUGGGUGAGGUCCAGGGGAACAGUCGGUCCUUGGGCUUCGAGACAGAGAGCGAUGAAGAUGUUCAUAUCGUCAGUGGGAAGCGGAAGGAGAAGUUGAUAGGACGGCAACCGGGGCUGGGAUGGCUGCAUUCAAGGAAUUUGGUUAGGAGUAUGGUUAAGAAGGAGUUGGCGAGGGAGAUUGCGAUGGAGGAGGCUUCGAUGCUGGAGGAGGUGGAUGAUGAUGCGCCCGAGGUGGUUACGGAGCUGUCACGGCCGAGCCGGCAGGAGACGCCGCGCGCUGUGAAAUCACAAGCACAGAAACGCGCAAUAGAAGCCGAGGAGCUGAGGACGAACGAUAUCAUGUUGCUCGAGGUGAGGGAAAGGGAACCUACGCUGUCCGAGGCUCCGACUUAUGGCCCUGCAAAAUCUUCGCAUCUCAGGCACGAGAUGAAUGAACAUCAGCCACCGGUAGAGUCUGGUGUCGGAAACAGGCAAAAUGAUGAGUGUUCAGACCACGGCACGGACCCAGUUGCAUCAAGUAACUUCGGGGAACAGGAUGAGCAAGUGGAAGGGGAGGAGGUGGAGGAUUCAGUCGUCAAUCCAAGACUGAUUCCAAAUAGACAAGCACGGGCACGUCCACACAUCCAUAUUAGCGACAGCGAGGAAGAAGAAGACCCAGUUGUCAAUCCAAGGUUCAAUCGGAAUCGGCAAACACCGGCACGUCGACGUAACCAGCUCAGUGACAGUGAGGAAGAGUCGCAGUAUGAAGGAGAAGAGGUCAUCCACUCCGCAGACGAUGAUGAAGAGGAAGAAAUUGUUCGCGUUGAGAGUCGGCAAGAGAGCUUGCGUUCGCGAAGCCCAGAACGAGCCCGCGUCAAUGAGCCUUCCCAAGAAGAGGAACCUGACCAAGAAGAGGAACCUGACCAAGAGGGUGUCCCUGAUCUCAAGCCCGCAAGACCUGCACACCGUAAAGGGCGGAGCACGGUGUCGAACUGGGCUCAAGAUGUAAUCGACCUGACCAGUUCUCCUGAACCUCCGCCUUCGUUUGUGUGUGCCAAGCAAUCUGCACAUUCAAGGACUAUGUCCCGCCCCACGACUUCAUCAUCUGAAGAUGCUGCCGCAAGUUCAAACUGCUCCCCCACCCUUCCACGGCAACGCUCCCCUCGAAAAACACCACCAAGCCCUAGCAAACUCGUCUCUCCCUCAAAGAAAAAGAACCGCAUUCCUCAAGCCCCCGACCUCCGCCCCAGUCUCGACGCCUUCUGGUGUCCCCAGGUGGUAAAUACGUGGAACGAGACGCACUCACCGGUGAAGACACUCGUUUCCCCUCGCAAACAAAAGCUGCUGAGACAGCUCAAUGAUGAAGACUCAUCUUCAGACAGCGACGCUUCAUUCCUGCUUCAGCCCUCCUCUCCAACCAAGAAGAAAGCAUCUGUCAACACCACUUCGACAUCCCCCUUCAAGAAAGAUUUUGCCUCGCCCACAAUCGCUGAGGUCCGCGCCCGCCGCAAAGCCUUUACCACCCAGAAACACGAACUGGCCCAAUCCUUCCUCUCCGAACUCGACACCAGCAUUACAGGUGGACGCAUUGGCGCCCUGUCCGCUCCAACAGGCGGCAUCCAGCUCAUCUGGUCCAAAACCCUCAAAACCACAGCCGGAAGAGCAAAUUGGCGACGCGAGAAACUGCGCCUUCGCACCGGGCCCCUACCGACCGAUAUCCGCGUCGAGUUCCGCCACAACUGCAGCAUCGAGCUCGCGGAGAAAGUCAUCGACGACGAGGAACGCCUCAUCAACGUGCUAGCGCACGAAUACUGCCACCUCGCUACGUUCAUGAUCAGUGAGGUGCGGGAUCAGCCUCACGGGAAGGAUUUCAAAGCCUGGGCAGCCAAGGUGACUCAGGCGUUUAGGCACAGGGGUGUAGAGGUCACGACGAAGCAUUCGUACCAAAUUGAGUACAAGUAUGUUUGGCAGUGUAGGGUAUGCGGGUAUGAGUUUAAGCGACAUAGCAAGAGCGUGGAUCCGGAGAGGCAUAGUUGCGGAAGGUGUAAGGGGGAAUUGGUGCAGGUGAAGCCGGCGCCGAGGGGUGGGAAGGGGGCCGCGGGUCGGGGAAAGGCUGGGGAGAAGGGCGCGGAGGGGAAGUCGGAGUAUCAGGUCUUUGUGAAGAAGCAUUAUCGCAAUGUGAAGAGGAGGUUGGAGGAGGAAGGGAAGGAGACGAAGUUGGGGAAUGUGAUGGCCGUUGUGGCGGAGGAGUAUAGGAAGUGGAAGGAGGAGAGGGUGGCGGGUGGUGCUGGUGAUGACGAGGGUGAGGGGGAGAAGGAAGCGGAGAAGGGUGUUGUGCAGGUGGAGGAGCUGUUUGAGGGGUUGAAGAUUCAGGAUGAGGACGUUUGAGAUGCGUUCUGCUGAUUGUUCUUCUGGAGGCGUACAGGUUCGCUUGCUUGUUCAAUGGGUUGGACAGGACUUUUCUUUCUUUGGUCCUUGGGGGUUGGCAUCGGUGGUGUUUGGCAAGGAAUGAUUUCUUGUACUUGUGUUUCAACAAUUCGAACAUGG